CAUUAUUCUUCCUAACAAAUAUUUCCUUAUAAUAUGGUCUAGUCACACCUUAUUGGCUGACAAUAUCCUUUUCCAUAUCGCCCUCAGGAACGCUCCUCAUGGUGACAUCCAUUCGCCACCGAACAUGGCAUCUAGAUCCCAUUUCACCCGCAUUCCGUCUGCCAGCAGUAGCAACGCCUCAACCACGAUCGCUGAUACCAAUCGUCCAAUCUCUUCGCGUCCAAUUCCUCCCGCCGCGCCUUCCACAGUCCGACGGAACCUUUUUCACGCUCACCUCAGCCGCCGUCAGCACAAUUCGUCCACCUCCACUAGCUCUCUAGGAACUUCUCGCAAUCGCACCCACACCCGCACAAUCUCUGGUAGCGGUGAUGGGAGUGGAAUGAGCAGCACCUUGGGCGGAGGGAUAUUAAAAUCCCGCCUUAUGACGGGUGUAUUAUCUCUAAAUUGCUCGCUUCCAGAUGAAGGCGAUAUCGUCGCGCGGGACAAGAAUGGUACCUAUAAAGUCGAUGUGCCGAUUUUACAACCCGGAAGUCUUGGUGAGGGUGCUGGCGAUGAGGACGCUGACGAGGUGAUGGAGGCUGUUGAAAGCGUUGGACAUACUGGACUGGAGCACGACGGAGGUAUAAGCUGUGCGGAUAAAGAGAAAAUCGAGGCGAGCAUCGCGGAACUAAUGCGGCGUAAUCGAAGCAGGCAGAUGAAUAGUGAACCUUCUGAGGUGUAUUUGCUUAUCCAGCAAAGUCUCAAGAAUAGAGUCACCUUGCUAGAUGAAGACAGGUGGAUGUUUGAAAUAGAAGAUGGAAGCCACACAUAAGCACUCACGGCUGCUGCUCCUUUACGCCCCACUCUACUUUUCAGUCACAUUUAAUCGACAGGGUAUCUCCAAGGUCGCAUUCCAACCUAAUCCAAAUCCAUGGACACCGGUGGAGCAUCAACCUGCUUCGCGGCUUUGGAUCGUUGCGGCGUCUUUGACCUAUUUCCACCUUGAGGACCUCCGCCAAAGAACAUUCCCAUCAUAUCCAUUAAAGGAUUCGACUGUUUGGGUAUCCUUAUGCCAAAAUAAACCUCCCCGAUAUGAGCCAACGCCUGGUCCCAUUCUCCUGCUUCCUGGAUAUACGUCGCAUAGUGCCUUAGCAACUGCUUGAACGAGUCUGCAUUUCCGCGUUGAAUAGCCAGCAGCAGCAAACCUGUGAAAUUUAGCAGUGGUAGUGAUGGAUAAACGCGAACGUCAUUACUCUGACUGCUCACUUCUUGGACAUUGAGGGCAUGGCUUGUUGGGGACGAUGAUAACUGGUUUCUGAAAAUCAAAAAUGCCUUAUUCGCGUUUCGAAAGCUUCCAGUCAGUAGAUAAGGGAAUACUGCACGAGCUGCAUAUAUUCCUGCUGUGUGCACCGCAUCGUGAGUAUACCAAGUGUACUCUAGUCGUGCUAGUAUCUCCGCCGAGACGGCUGUCCCUAAAGCCAAAUGUCGUUCUGCGUCAUACACUUCGUUUUCUAUUAACGGUAUUUAGCAUCCCUAUGGCAGAGCUGUGGG